AUGGGUUUGCGUGACAUCAUGGUAGUACCGGAAGCGCCGAAGGUGGGGAAUGUGACUAGUCUUCAUCAAUGCAUGACACAAUCAGGAAGCGACAGCCAUAGGAUUGCCCAGGGUCUCUGUCAAGGUAGGGGUGGGUGCAGUUCUUACUCGAGGAACGGGAGUUGGAAUGUCCACUUAGCACGAGGUCCCUCCACGCCUCCGUUCCGGCCCCGCGCAGCGCGGGGCUCGCAUCAUCUCGCCGGGGAUAUUCCUCCAGGCCGGAGCGCUCGGACUAUGACGUCAUCGCCCCGCGACCGCACCGCUUCCGGGGCCAAGUCCGCCCCGCCCUCCGGGAGCCGGUCUCCGGGAACGUUCUUUCAUUUGCCCCGAGUCCCCAACUCCAGACCCCGUCCCCCUUCCCCGCUCCUCCCCCCGGUUCUGGUUGCUGGUCCCUCCCCUUUCAGCCCUCACGAACCCUCAAGGAAUCAGAGGUCCCAGGCCAUGAGCCGGAAGCGACCCCGGCUCGUCCCGGAAACCUUCGGUUCUAGGAGGCGACGAGGACCGGGAGGGGCCGGAGAGGAGCCCCCGGGGGCCGAGUCAGGGUCGGUGCGCAGGGCCCUGCGGGAGCUGGGCGAGCUGUUCCCCCGGCGCCUCUUCCAGGACGCGCUGCCUCCCAUCGCCCUCAAGAGCCAGGUGUACAGCCUUGUGCCCGACCGGACCGCGGCCGACAGGCAGCUGAGAGAACUUCGGGAACAAGGAGAGAUUCGAGUCAUUCAACUUGGCUUUGAUUCUGAUGCUCAGGGGAUUGUCUUCACUGAGGACUUCAGGACCAAAGCCCUGGAAUCUUGCAGGGGUCGGCCAUUUGAAGGGACAGUGCAAAGGUUUCUGGCUGUGGCGCUUCCAGCCUGUGGAGACCUCAGCUUUCAGCAGGAUCAGAUGAUCCAAACCUUUGGCUUUAGGGACUGUGAGAUCACGCAGCUGGUAAAUGCUGGAGUCCUCACAGUCCGAGAUGCGGGGAGCUGGUGGCUGUCAGUGCCAGGAGCUGGGAGAUUUGUAAAAUAUUUUGUUAAAGGGCGACAAGCAGUACUUGGGAUGGUUCGAAAGUCCAAGUAUCGGGAGCUGUCCCUUUCUGAGCUCCUAGGUAGACGAGCUCCUCUGUCUGUGCGCCUUGGCCUUCCCUACCACGUGCAUGAUCUAAUUGGAGGGCAGCUGCUUGAUAUUGUCCCCACCACAUCUGGGACUCUCCUUCGCCUGCCUGAGACAUGAAGAUUCAGGUUACCUUUCCCCACUUCAUCUGUUGGACUGGUGACUGAAGUAAGGGGGAGAUAGAGCCUGCAGCCCACAAGACCUCACUGUUGAAUUAACGCCGAUGGGAGUGGCAUCUCCAGAGGGGUCACCCCUUGAAGGGUCUGGAGUUGAGACUACUGUCUGGUUCUCUGGGUGGAUGCGACAGAUAUGAUCACUGCUGGUUACAGUUUUGGAGUUUGGAGCAUGCUUGCCUCUGCUUCUGCCAAGGAGAAAGAUCAGAAACUACAUCAAUGUUUUGAUUAUUGCCUUUCACAGAGGACAUGAUGGCAUUUUGUUCUGGGACAAUGAGGGAUUCAUAGAUGGGGUAGAGAUGAUGGUGAGGAGAGAGGCUGGAGUUCUCUGUUCCUUUUUUUUUUUUCUUUUGAAAUUGCCAAAUAAACAAUAUCUUUCUGUGA